AUGGCAGGAAUUCGACGCCGCUUCUCGACUCGACUCUUGCUCCUAGUGGCCAUUGUCUGCACGUGCGGGUUCGGCUCUGUGGAAGCUGAUGCGACACCUCGACUUCUCCGCAGCCUCGCACGACAAGAUGGGACGUUCAGCUUCGACGCGAAAGAAGGCCACCCUGACACGGAAUCGAAAGCGGCCCUUGCUAAAGCUGAACACUCUGACACCUCUACAGCACACACCACGAAGGAGGGCGCGUCAGAGGCCGCGGACCCUGCUUCCCACACUGCUAACACCGAAGAAUCUUCCGCCAAGCCUCAUGAAGAAGCGGAACACAAAGCGGAACACGAAUAUCCGACCGUGAUGAUGCUUGUGGGUCCAGCGACUGCGGGCGUGCUGGCCAUUAUCCUCAUUGGAGCCGUCAUCGCGUUCAAGAACCGAUUGAACAAGCAGUAG